ACACGACAAAACCGCGAAAUAACCGUUAAUAACGGACUGCAGCGCGGCGCUCCGCGAUAUCACAGCCGCUGCAGUAUUGGUGAUUGUUGAAUCCUAUUUUUUAACUCCAUUGAUAAAGAGAGCGUAAUGAAUGUAGUACAUUUAGAAAUAUGUAUGCUAUAUAAUCUGGUGUAUAGAUUAAUAACGACAACUUUAUUUUCGUUCGGCUUCUCCCGAUUAGGAGUCGCCACAACCGCCGGAUCGUUUCAUUUCAUCAUGACAGCUAAUCUUAAUAAACGCCGGCUUUAAAUGCAAACGUUGCAUGUGCUCUUUUGCCGUUAAUACGUCAUGUAGCAGUACCACCACUCAGAAUCCUUCCCGCCCGGGUCAUUCUGACUUACGCGCGCGCGGGAAUCAAGGCUCACAUCUAUUCAGUCACAUCACAUGCUCAGUCACUGCAGCCUCGCGCGUCAGUAAAAUGCCUUGCUCUGAAGUUACAGAAGCGGUUUCUCCGCACAAGAGAAGCAAGAGUGAUGCAGCGAACGGAUAUGAAGAACAAAUGGUGCUGAAAUUCGCCAAACUGACAGAAAACGCCACGACACCGAGCCGAGGAUCGAACCGAGCCGCGGGAUUCGAUCUGUACAGUGCGUAUGACUACAGCAUCGGCCCCAUGGAUAAAGCUCUGGUCAAGACCGAUAUCCAGAUCGCGGUUCCGCACGGAUACUACGGCCGAGUCGCUCCUCGCUCGGGUCUUGCGGUGAAGCACUUCAUCGACGUUGGCGCUGGUGUGGUCGACGAGGACUACAGGGGGAAUCUGGGAGUCGUGCUGUUCAACUUCAACAAAGAGCCGUUUGAAGUGAAGAAAGGCGACCGCAUCGCUCAGCUGAUCUGUGAGAGAAUCUGUUACCCACAGCUGCAGGAGUUACAGACACUGGAUGAUACUGAGAGAGGAGCGGGAGGCUUCGGCUCCACCGGCACCAACUGAAAGUGUUACUGUAUUGAAUAUAAUAUGUAUAGUUUGUUAAAUGUUUAUUUCAAGAUGAGUCAUUUAACUAAUUGACUGUGGAAUAAAGCUGUUUAUACAAAAUGCACAA